AUGAUUAAAAUGUCACCGCUGCUUCUAAAAGCAGCCGUAGUGACGGCAUGUUUAUGCAGCCUUGCUGUUGCCACAACGGUUGAAGAGCAGACAGCACCCAAACCAAUCGAAAAUGCCACAACUUACCAACAGGAGCUGGGGGGAAGAGGCAAGGUGGAUUCACCGAUUGCACCCGGUGACGCGGUAUCCAUCACAAGUGGUAUUAAAGUGAUGAGUGUCACGACAGCUACUGCUAUCAUUUUCUUAGCUAGUGCGUUUGGUUUCAGUUUUGCCAUGUACUGGUGGUAUGUUGCAUCUGACAUUAAAAUCACCCCUGGCAAGGGUAAUAUCAUGCGUAACGCUCAUCUCACUGACGAGGUGAUGCGGAACGUCUACGUGAUUAGUAAGCGAGUAUCUGACGGUGCCAACGCAUUUCUUUUUGCAGAGUAUCGGUACAUGGGCAUAUUUAUGCUUGGGUUCGGUGCUUUGCUCUAUUUCCUACUUGGCGUGGCCAUGUCCUCACCGCAGGGCGAAGGGAAAGACGGCCGGCCUCCGGUGGCCGUGGAGGCCCCGUGGGUGAAUGCUGCAUUUUCCCUUUACGCAUUUGUUAUUGGAGCCUUCACGUCUGUGCUUGCCGGUUGGAUUGGAAUGCGCAUUGCGGUGUAUACCAACUCCCGCACCGCCGUCAUGGCGACUGUAGGAAGCGGUGGGAGCGACGAUGACGUGUUGGCAAAUGGCAGCCAAUCUCGGGGUUACGCUUUGGCGUUCCAAACAGCGUUCCGAGGUGGCAUCACAAUGGGUUUCGCACUCACAUCCAUUGGUCUGUUUGCUCUCUUCUGCACGGUGAAACUGAUGCAGACGUACUUUGGCGACUCGGCCGAGAGGUUGCCGGAAUUGUUCGAGUGUGUCGCUGCUUUUGGAUUGGGCGGGUCAUCCGUGGCGUGCUUCGGCCGUGUGGGAGGUGGUAUUUACACCAAAGCCGCUGAUGUUGGUGCCGACCUUGUAGGGAAAGUGGAAAAGAACAUUCCCGAGGAUGACGCACGUAACCCCGGUGUGAUCGCCGACUGCAUCGGUGACAACGUUGGUGAUAUUGCCGGCAUGGGCUCUGAUCUCUUUGGAAGCUUUGGUGAGGCGACAUGCGCGGCGCUGGUUAUUGCUGCAAGCUCCGCCGAGCUCAGCGCAGACUUCACCUGCAUGAUGUACCCGCUUUUGAUCACUGCCGGUGGUAUCUUCGUUUGUAUUGGUACCGCACUUCUUGCGGCAACUAACAGUGGUGUGAAAUGGGCUGAGGACAUCGAGCCCACACUCAAGCAUCAGCUGCUGGUGUCAACCAUUGGCGCAACGGUUGUGCUUGUGUUCAUAACGGCUUACUCACUUCCAGAUGCCUUUACCGUUGGAGCAGUAGAAACUACCAAGUGGAGGGCAAUGGUGUGCGUUCUAUGCGGUUUGUGGUCUGGUCUUCUUAUUGGUUACUCCACUGAGUACUUCACUUCCAACAGCUAUCGUCCUGUGCAGGAGAUCGCAGAGUCGUGUGAAACGGGUGCCGCUACGAACAUCAUCUACGGCCUUUCACUCGGUUACAUUUCGGUGCUCCCUCCUAUUCUGGCUAUGGCUUUCACGAUUUACCUUUCGCACCACUGUGCGGGUUUGUACGGAUAUGCGCUUGCUGCGCUGGGCAUUCUGUCCACCAUGUCUAUUGCGCUGACAAUUGAUGCCUACGGCCCCAUUUCUGACAAUGCCGGUGGCAUUGCUGAAAUGGCUCACAUGGGACAUGAAAUCCGUGAGAUCACUGACGCGCUUGACGCUGCAGGUAAUACCACCGCUGCAAUAGGAAAGGGUUUUGCCAUUGGUUCCGCUGCUUUUGUGGCGUUGGCUCUGUAUGGAGCGUACGUGUCACGUGUUGGCAUCUCCACUGUUAAUUUGUUGGAUGCUCGAGUGAUGGCUGGCCUGCUCCUUGGUGCCAUGCUUCCUUACUGGUUUUCCGCCCUUACGAUGAAGUCAGUGGGUGUAGCAGCGAUGGAUAUGGUGAAUGAGAUCCGCCGCCAGUUCCAGGAUCCAGCCGUGGCUGCUGGAACGAAGGAGCCCGAUUAUGAGAGUUGCGUGAACAUUGCAACGGGUGCGGCACUGCAGCAGAUGGUGGCCCCCGCUUGCCUGGUGAUGCUCGCUCCAAUUGUGACUGGCAUUUUGUUUGGCCGUUACACACUUGCAGGGCUGCUUCCUGGUGCACUUGUCUCUGGUGUGCAAGUGGCCAUCAGCGCCUCCAACACUGGUGGGGCGUGGGAUAACGCAAAGAAAUAUAUUGAGAAGGGUGGCCUACGUGACAAGAGUAAAGGAAAAGGUUCGCCUCAGCACGCGGCUGCGGUGAUUGGCGAUACGGUUGGAGACCCACUGAAGGACACGUCGGGUCCAGCGCUGAAUAUUCUUGUGAAGUUAAUGGCCAUCAUUUCAGUAGUGUUCGCCCCGGUUGUGCAGUCCAAGCUGGGAGGGCUUCUGGUGAAGUAA